AACAAAAAAAAAAAAAAAAAAAAAGAAGAAAAUUUCGAAAAAAAAAUCAAACAAAAAACGUGAAAAAAAAAUAUUAGACACGAAUAAAGGAAUGGGAACGGUCAAGUAAUUGGACACCGGGACGCAGAAGUAGUAGAAGAGGAUUCGGCAGGCUAUAUUAGAGCACGAUACUUGCGACCGAGAGACGAGAUGAGACGAGACGAGACGAGACGAGAGCAGAGUUGCACGAGCCAUUUUCGUAUACAUUGCUUUGGUGGUGUAGGUAGCUUAGCCAGAAACGAGAGAAAGCAAACUUGGAAAAUGGGAGACGCGAAGGAAAAAACUAAGAAGUCAUCAAAAGCGAAGGAGAAGAGUGAAAAGCAUUCAAAGACGAAGAAGACGAAGCUGGUUUUAACCGAGUCGGAAAAGCAGCUGGGAAUCAGGAUCAUCCAGCCUGAUCAGAAGGCCAUCGACGCCAUGACACGUCUGUAUGCCGUACCAUCCGAAAAGCUCCGGGUGUGGACUGCCUGGUUGACCAAAGUUGGAGAACGAGCUGAGGACUGGCAAUGGUGGUUACGGGCCCAGAUUCGACUCACAGCGAGAAUCAGCAACCGUCUUCAACGUGCCUCUGCCGCUUUGGAGGGGGAUGAAAAUGGGACAUUGGAGCAUGGAGAUGAUCUCUUUGAAGAAUUUGAGAAAGAAGAUGCCUUGGCAGUUGACAAUGGCCAGGGUGAACCGGAGAAUCCACCGGAAGUCAGCUCUACUUCACCUGAACCAGAAUCCACUCCGAACGUAGAAGAGACGUCAAAAGAGGCUGGAGACACCGAGGAAUCAGCGGUAAAUCCAGGUGAAGAAAGUGAGGCCGGCGAGACGGUGACGAAAAAGGCCGCCAAAGGGAAAAAGACAAAGACAAAGACAAAGACAAAGGUGAAAAAGCAGGGUAAACUGGAACGGAAAAUCGAGUACAAGGAAGGGUUUUGGCCGCUCGGGGUUCGCUGGGAGCCCUUUUCCCAUACCGGAAAGUGGAAGCCACCCCCUAAACGACAACCCGACGAAAUACCGAUACCCAGAACCGAGGAGGAGAUGAUGGACUUGAUCAGAAAAAUCAGACAUCAAGGAGUGGUUUAUCGGAGCUUGUACAAACACUGGUCUCAAACUGCCGAUCAAGCGGUGAGAGAAAUCCUUGGAAGAACUGUGUUGCCAACUAAGCUCGUCUACCCGAAUGGCGAAGAUGUUCCGUUCAGUUUUAGCCUCGAAACUGAUCCGGACAUCGGCUACGCGAUCGAGCACGACGACGAGGAGGUCCUGCCGGCGGAUCCUGGGAGGGAGAGGAUCACCCACGAUUUUGUACAUCUGUACUUCAACCUGACGGACAAGCCGGGGAAAGGAGGAAAGCCCUGGCUGUGACGUAAAUCCGAUUCGACGUGACGUCGGGCAUGAAACGAUUGGCUGACGGGUUAGCAGUUUGUCAGUUCCUGUCGGGACCAGAGGGACCUGCUGCAGACCAUCAAUUUCCAGGACUUGGUACCGAGAUAAGGCGAUCAAACGACGAGGAAGAGGACGAGGUCAAGGCGGAUGCAACGUGAAAUUUUCGGCCAUUAUCAAAGGGGCGAAUUGAAUGAAAAGAAAAAAAUCGCAAUGACUGCUGAAGCAAAUUAGCGACAACUGCAGCAGAAGGAAGCGAGUGAUUCAACCUUCGACCGGAUGCUGCA